UCAUCUAACCAGCCAAAUUUUUCAAAAAGUCGAAUACCCUUUUGAAAAUCACCGCUGCAUGACUAAGAAAAACUUCAUAUUGCUUUCUGCCUCCAACUUUAUCCAUGCAUCUUCCAUCUCCAGCUAUCUAAUAUGCACGCUCACGCACUCAUGUUAUUGGUACACAAAAGGCGCGUGUAUUGCCAAUCAUCAUCUUCAACAAGUAAUUAACCACUACUCUCCACAUAUUCUUCCACUUUCUAUGUUUUAAAUUUGCAAUAUAUAGUCAAAGUCGGCCGAAUCUUUUAACCCAAGAAACAUAGAAUAAUAAUUGAGCAAAGCCCUUUAUAUUUUUUUUCUUCACGUUGCUGAGUCCUGACAUUGUUUCACUAGAGCCCCAUAUGCAGAACAAAAGAGGCUAGGGUUUGAAAGUAGUAUAAAAUAGACGUUCGUUGGAUAUAUAAAGAUGACUGCGAAGGCGAAUAUCAUGCCAAUCAUUAGCAAGAUAUACUGCUCUUCUUCUCAGGUAAUGCUUGUCGUGAGGAAGAGGCCUCAUGUCGUUAAUGGGGGAGGAUUUGUGGUGACAAAUUGCAGCCAAAAGGUUGUGUUCAAAAUUGAAGGCUGUGGAGUUCUUGGUACUAAAGGAGAGCUCCUGGUUAGAGAUGGUUAUGGAGAUCCUUUGGUUCUUAUUCGCAGAAAGGGAGGUCUGGUUCAAGCCCUGAGCAUUCACAGGAAAUGGAAGGGUUACGCUUAUAACUAUGAAGGAUUUCAUAAAUCAGUUUUCAGCUUAAAGGAACCUAACUCAUCAUGCUUGGUCAGGAACAAUGCAAUAAGGAUCUCCACUGAAACCACCGGAAGCAACAAAGCCUGGGACUUUGAGAUCAAAGGUUAUUUCCCGGACAGAGAUUGUAGUAUUGUUGACUCCAUAGGGAACGUUAUUGCUCAGAUUGGAGUGAAGAAAGAAAUAGAGGAGUUGAUGGCGAAAAAGGAUCUGUAUCACAUAGAGGUGAAGCCCGGAAUCGAUCAAGCUUUUGUUGUUGGAAUCAUUGCUACCCUAGAUCACAUUUACGGUGAAUCUACUCAUUGCUAAUCACAUCAGAAUAUAAUGAAUAAGGAGAUUAAUCAGAUUAUGGUUU